CGUAUUUGCGUGAUAAGACAACUUAUCACCAUGUUCGGAUCUCAUACCUCACGUGUUUUAAGAAGGAGAUGAUAUGCAUUUUCUGAAGAAAGCAGGCGUUUUCUUGAUAUGGCUUCAGAAAUCACUUAUGCUGAAGUGAGGUUCCAAAAUGAAUCUAAAUCUUCAAGCACCUACUCAGACUCUCGUGCAGCUUCCAAAGUGAAAAGCACCCCUCAUUCAAAUAACCCUGGUUUUCUCGGGCUGCUUUUUGUAUCAUUGCUGAUACUUUUCCUGCUGUUGGCAAUCGUAUUCUUUGUUGCAUUUAUCAUUUUUUUCCAAAAGUAUUCUCAACUUCUUGAAGGAAAAAACAGUAUAAAAGAAAUGAAUCACACAGAAUUGAACUGCAUAAAAAACCACUUGCCUGGAGAAGACAAAGUUUGGAGCUGCUGCCCAGAGGAGUGGAAGCCAUUUAGCUCUGAUUGCUACUUCAUUUCAACUGACUCAAACUCUUGGCAUGAGAGUAAAGACAAGUGCUCCAAAAUGGGGGCUCACCUGCUGGUGAUCCGCAGCAAGGAAGAGCAGGAUUUCAUCAUCAGGAACCUGGACACUCGUGCUGCUUAUUAUGUGGGGCUGUCAGAUCCUAAGGGUCAGGGACAAUGGCAGUGGGUUGAUCAGACACCAUACAACCAAAGUGCCACGUUCUGGCAUUCAGGUGAACCCAAUGGUGUUAAUGAGCAUUGUGUUGUGAUAAAUAAUCCAUACGGUAGCAGAUGGGGCUGGAAUGAUGUCCUUUGUAAUCAGCAUCAAAGGUCAAUUUGUCAGAUGAAGAAGACAUAUUUAUGAAUGAAAUAUUUUUCAUGGACAUGUGAUUGAAUUGCCAUCCAUCACUGAGGCAACAUCUAGAAAAUUCUUCAUGUAGAGGAGACAUUCUUAGAAUUUUAGGUAGGCAGUCAACGGUUCUACAUAUGAGAACAUUGGUCCACAUGUAUAUUUUUUAAAAAUUCAUUCAUUUACUUUUUCAUACAAUGAUCUUUCAUUGAGAAUUCUCCAUGUACCAAAGACUAUGUACAAGGUCCCUUUUAUACAUACAUAGAAGGCAUAUGCACUUCGCUGUCAAUUCUGUAAUUUCCAAAGUUUUAUUCAUUGAUAAGAUUGUAUGAUGUGUGUACCUAUUUGUUUUUUCUCCCCCUUUGGC